ACCCACGUGCGAGCCUUGCACCGAUCCCAGCCGCGCCGCCCCUGGCGCCAGACCCACGUGCAUCGCUUGCACGGAGCCCCGGUGCAGCCCUUGCACUAGAAUCACGCCCAUCGUUUGCACCAACCUCAGCAGCACCGCCACCCCUUGCACCAGACCCGCGUGCACCCCUUGCACUAGAAUCACACGCGUUAUUUACACCGACCCCCACUGCAUCCCUUGCACCAGCCCCACGUGCGUCGUUUGCACCAAUUUCCACUGCAUCCCUUGCACCAAUUUCCAGUGCAUCCCUUGCACCAAUCCCACGUGCGUCGUUUGCACCAAUUUCCACUGCAUCCCUUGCACCAACCCCACGUGCGUCGUUUGCACCAAUUUCCACUGCAUCCCUUGCACCAAUUUCCAGUGCAUCCCUUGCACCAACCCCACGUGCGUCGUUUGCACCAAUUUCCACUGCAUCAUUUGCACCACCUCCCACUGCAUCCCUUGCAUCAACCCCAGCUGCCCCAUCCCUUGCACCAAUCCCACGUGCAUCAUUUGCACCACUCCCCAGUGCAUCCCUUGCACCAAUCCCCUCUGCACCAUUUGCACCAAUCUCCCCUGCACCAUUUGCACCAAUCCCCCCUGCGUCCCUUGCACCAAUCCCAUGUGCAUCAUUUGCACGACUCUCCAGUGCAUCCCUUGCACCAAUCCCACAUGCAUCAUCUACACCACCCCCCCGUGCAUCCCUUGCACCAAUCCCACGUGCACCAUUUGCACCAAUCCCAGCUGCAUCCCUUGCACCAACCCCAGCUGCCCCAUCCCUUGCACCGAUCCCUCGUGCACCAUUUGCACCAGACCCGCGUGCACCCCUUGCACUAGAAUCACACGCGUUAUUUACACCGACCCCCACUGCAUCCCUUGCACCAACCCCACGUGCACCGUUUGCACCAAUUUCCACUGCAUCCCUUGCACCAACCCCACAUACAUCGUUUGCACCAAUCCCCAGUGCAUCCCUUGCACCAACCCCAGCUGCCCCAUCCCUUGCACCGAUCCCACGUGCACCAUUUGCACGACUCUCCAGUGCAUCCCUUGCACCAAUCCCACGUGCAUCAUUUGCACCGGACCCACGUGCAACAUUUGCACCAAUCCCACAUGCAUCCCUUGCACCAACCCCAGCUGCCCCAUCCCUUGCACCAAUCCCACGUGCACCAUUUGCACGACUCUCCAGUGCAUCCCUUGCACCAAUCCCCCCUGCACCAUUUGCACCACCCCCACGUGCAUCCCUUGCACCACUCCCAUGUGCAUCAUCUACACCACCCCCCUGUGCAUCCCUUGCACCAAUCCCACGUGCAUCAUUUGCACCAAUCCCAGCUGCCCCAUCCCUUGCACUGAUCCCACAUGCAUCAUUUGCACCAGACCCACGUGCACCCCUUGCACUAGAAUCACACGCAUUAUUUACACGGACCCCCAGUACAUCCCUUGCACCAACCCCACGUGCACCAUCUGCAUCAAUUUCCACUGCACCCCUUGCACCAGCCCCACGUGCAUCAUUUGCACCAAUUUCCACUGCAUCCCUUGCACCAAUUCCACGUGCAUCAUUUGCACGACUCUCCAGUGCAUCCCUUGCACCAACCCCACAUGCAACAUUUGCACCACUCCCCAGUGCAUCCCUUGCACCAACCCCCCCUGCACCACUUGCACCAAUCCCAGCUGCAUUCUUUGCACCAAUCCCAUGUGCAUCAUUUGCACGACUCUCCAGUGCAUCCCUUGCACCAACCCCACGUGCAACAUUUGCACCACUCCCCAGUGCAUCCCUUGCACCAAUCCCCUCUACACCAUUUGCACCAAUCUCUCCUGCAUCCCUUGCACCAAUCCCACGUGCAUCAUUUGCAUGACUCCCCAGUGCAUCCCUUGCACCAAUCCCCCCUGCACCACUUGCACCAAUCCCAUGUGCAUCAUUUGCAUGACUCUCCAGUGCAUCCCUUGC